AUGGGUUUAGACGAGCCGGCACAGUCCCCGGAGGGGCGUGCAUCAGCGGAUGUAAAGAAAGCUGCCAACGACGAGAAGCAGGAGCAACAUACAGAGACCACCGCCACGGUGGUUAAUUCAGGAGAUGACGCGGUAAUAAACGUGGAAGAAAAGCCCGCCGAGGACAAGGUCAAGGAGGAAGACAAGGGCGGCUUCGGUGCCUACCUGGCACUUCCGUUAAUGACCAUUGUUUUUGGCACGUUCGUGGAUGAGUUCAAUGACUAUGGGAUGGGCCUGUCGUCCCCCGAGAAGCUGAGGAGUGCCAUUUCGAAAAACGCAUUGUACUUUGUAUAUCUUUUCAUCGGCAAACUUUUCGCUGUCUACAUACAUACCACCUGUUUUACAAUUACUGCCAUCCGCGGCGUGCGUCGUCUACGAUUAGAGUAUAUCAAAGCCAUCUUGAGGCAGGACAUGGCCUAUUUUGACACAUAUACGCCAGGCUCCGUCGCUACUCGCAUAUCGAACAAUGCAAAUCUCAUCCAAAAUGGCUUAUCGGAAAAAGUAGGAACCGCAGUGCAGGGGUUCGCUAUGCUCAUUACCGCAUUUAUAGUUGCAUUUACCAGAAGCUGGAGACUUACCCUUCCAGUUGCCACUACCAUCCCAACCGCCGUCAUAAUCGUGGGAAUAACGGUUUUGUUGGACACCAAAGUGGAAGCAAAGAUCCUAGAUAUCUAUUCAAAAGCCGGAGGCCUUGUCGAAGAAACGCUAGGAAGUAUCCGAGUCGUCGUUGCAUUUGGUGCUGGGGGGAAGUUGCGUAAAAAAUAUAAUGAACAUUUGGAGACUGCGAAGAAAAUCGGAUUGAAAAAGGGGCCGAUCCUCGGCGUUCAGUAUAGCUCCGAGUUUUUCAUCAUGUAUUGCGCAUAUUCGCUUGCGUUCUGGUAUGGCGUCAAGCUUAUCCAGAAAGGCCAGAUUGGAUCUGGUGGAGAUAUUCUCACCGUGUUAUUUUCGGUGGCACUAGGCACCUCCGCCCUCACAAUGAUUUCCCCUACCAUGGGCGACUUUACCAAAGCCGGAGCAGCUGCCAACGACGUCUUAAACAUGAUUGCGAGAGCCCCCGAUAUCGAUUCUAUGGGUCAAGAAGGCUUGAAGCCCGAAGAAGUCAAAGGAGAGCUCGAACUGUCCGAAGUUUCGUUCUCUUACCCUGCGAGACCGACUAUCCAGGUCUUGACCAACGUCUCCCUCAAAUUUCCUGCAAAAAAAGUCACGGCACUUGUUGGAUCUAGUGGAAGUGGCAAAAGUACGAUUGUCGGGCUGCUGGAGCGUUGGUAUGAUCCCGCGGCGGGUACUCUCCGGCUGGAUGGCCAAGAUAUAAAGGAUUUGAAUGUAAAAUGGCUGAGGAGCCAGAUUGGUCUCGUCCAACAGGAACCUAUCCUUUUCAACGAUACUAUCUAUAACAACAUCGUACACGGCCUUCACGGGACUGAAAUGGACAAUUACGAAGAAGAAAAGAAGAGAGAGCUGGUUCGGGAAGCAUGCAUUGAAGCAAAUGCAGACGAGUUCAUUCAAACGUUCCCCAAAGGGUAUGACACCGUUGUUGGUGAACGGGGAAGUCUUUUGAGCGGAGGCCAGAGACAAAGAGUCGCCAUUGCUCGCAGUAUCAUCUCCAACCCACAUAUACUCCUCCUUGACGAAGCGACCUCUGCGUUGGAUCCUCGAGCCGAAGCCGUCGUCCAAGCCGCUCUUGACAAAGUCUCGCGAACGCGUACUACGAUCCUGAUCGCCCAUAAGCUGUCCACCGUCAAAAAGGCUGAUAAUAUUGUCGUUAUGAGUAAAGGCGAAGUCAUCGAACAAGGCACACACGAGGAGCUCCUGGAAACUCAGGGUGCAUACUGGAAAUUAGUCAACGCGCAAAGUCUCUCCACGGUUGCCGAUGAGAACACUUCCGACACCGAAAACGAUUCUCAGGAUAAUCAACUUGCAGAUUUAGAAAAGGCUGUUACUACAAAAUCGGUUCGCAGCAAUGUCGACAUUGAAGCUCCGGCUGAAAAUCCCGACGUGGCUCGCAAAAUGUCUCUUUUCCAAUGUCUGGUUAGAAUCUUCUACGAACAGCGGCGCCAUUGGGUCUAUUUCACUUUGGGUGGAAUCGCUUCGUUCUGCGGCGGCGGCGCCUUUCCCGCGCAGGCUGUCCUGUUCGCAAAGAUUGUGACCAUUUUCCAGCUCCCAGAGGCCGUGAUUGGCGACCGUGUGAGCUUUUGGGCUCUUAUGUUUUUUGUUCUCGCGCUUGGCGUCUUGCUUUCCUACGCAUCCAUCGGGUUUUUCUUGACAAUUGCAGCCUUUCGGGUAUCACGAUUCUACCGCAGCGAAUAUUUUGGUGCCAUGUUGUCGCAGGAUAUCGAAUUCUUCGAUAAUCCCGAGAAUUCCUCUGGGAGUUUGACUGCGCAACUCUCGACGCACCCGCAAGCGUUGCAGGACUUGAUUUCUUCGAAUAUCGGGUUGAUUCUUAUUGUCAUCGUGAAUCUACUAUCAUGCACAAUAUUGGCUCUUGCCACGAAUUGGAAAUUAGCUCUUGUUGCUCUUUUCGGGUGCCUUCCGGCACUUUUUAUGGCUGGUUUCACUCGAAUGCGCUUGGAGAUGAAAAGUCAAGACAGGAGUGCCAAACUAUACCUCGAAAGUGCACGUUUUGCGUCCGAGGCUGUUGGAGCGAUCCGUACCGUUUCGUCCUUGACGCUAGAAACAAAAGUCUAUGACAGCUAUGCGGAACGCCUAAGGGUGCCUGUUACCAGGUCAUACAAGCAUACCGUGAUCAGUAUGAUAUUCUUUGCCCUUUCUGAAAGUGUAGAUUUGGCCGCCAUGGCUUUGGCAUUCUGGUAUGGAGGGCGCCUGAUUACGGAGGGCGAGUACGAUGCCGAGACGUUCUUUAUCGUGUUUGUGGCUGUUGUUUUUGGCGGACAGGCCGCAGGUUUCCUUUUUGGGUUCACUUCGAACACGACAAAGGCACACUCCGCCGCGAACCAUAUUUUGCACUUGCGGGACCAGGUCGCUCCUAUCAAUGGCUCGAAAGGAGAGCCUCUGCCAAAGGAUGAAACUGAUGUUGCGAUUGAAUUCAAAGAUGUAUCUUUUCAUUAUCCAAGCAGACCAGAUCAUGCGGUGCUCCGAAAGAUCAAUUUCAAGAUCUAUCGUGGACAGAACGUUGGGCUUGUGGGAGCUUCAGGGUGCGGCAAAACCACGAUCGUUGCGCUACUAGAACGUUUCUAUGAUAUCAGCUCCGGUGAGAUUCUCAUCAAUGGAAAAUCCAUAUCGGCCGUCGACAUCAAUGCCUACCGAGAAAGUGCCAGUCUGGUGUCGCAAGAAACGACAUUGUAUCAAGGUUCAAUCAAAGAAAACGUCACGCUUGGAAUCCACUCCACUUCAGUCUCCGACGAGGAAAUCAUCCAAGCCUGCAAGGACGCGAAUAUCAACGAUUUCAUUCAAUCACUGCCAGAGGGUUAUAACACAGAAUCCGGUUCGCGCGGACUCACGUUCAGUGGAGGUCAGCGACAGCGCCUUGCCGUUGCACGAGCGCUUCUCCGGAAUCCCGAAUUUUUGUUUUUGGACGAAGCGACCAGCGCACUCGACACUGAGAGCGAACGUGUUGUUCAGGCAGCCCUGGAAACAGCGAAGAAGGGAAGGACCACCAUUGCUGUUGCGCAUCGCCUAAGUACUGUGCAAGACUGCGAUGCAAUCUUUGUGCUGGACGCUGGUAGGAUUGUGGAACGCGGAACCCAUCAAGAGCUUCUGAGGAAGAAGGGUCGGUAUUACGAGAUGUGCCAGGCACAGAGUCUCGACAGAGAGGCAUGA